AUGACGUCCGCCGGCCACCCUCCAAACCACCCGCAGCCUCCAGCGCAGGCGAAUUCGCACCCGCAGCCCGCCGCGACCCAACCCCAGGCCGCCUCCCCGCCGAGCAAGAGGGAUCUCAAGUCGUGGUGGAAGGGCUUCAAGCUCGCAUCCAAGAAUGUGGAACAAAAUGGUACUGACCCUUUCACUUCUUCCUCAGACACAGACACAGACACAGGCACCCACCCCCAUCACCAAGCUGGCACCCAGGGCGGCAACGCACAGCAUGACCAGUCGACCAGCUCCUUCUUCCAUAACAUCCUUAAGCCAGAAGAUGAAGAUGCCCAGGCACGAGGCGACCAGCAGUCAAGUGACGGCUCCCCGCCCGCCAAGUUCUGCCGGCGGAGCAAAGGUCUCUGCCGGCCGGCGCGAUUGAUCCUAGCACCCCUCAGCAAAGCCAUCAAGAAGCUCAAGAAGCUCAAGAAACUCAAGAAAACCAAGACUAAGACAAGCACAACAGAGCCAACUCGACCACAGGGCAUCUUUGGCGUGCCCCUGCGCCAGAGCAUCACCUAUGCGAACGUCGCCAUCUCUCUCAUUGACUCGAACGGAAAGAGCUAUAUAUACGGCUACGUCCCGAUUGUCGUAGCGAAAUGCGGUGUCUUCUUGAAAGAGAAAGCUACCGGCGUGGAGGGCAUCUUCCGCUUGAGCGGCUCCGAGAAGCGAAUCAAGGAGCUCAAGGCCGCAUUUGACUCACCCGACCGCUACGGUAAAGGGCUUGUGUGGGACGGGUACACAGUUCACGAUGCAGCCAACGUCCUGAGGCGCUAUCUCAACGACCUUCCGGAGCCCGUCGUCCCUCUCGACCUGUACGAGAGGUUCCGCGAACCGCUUCGAGGCGCAACCAAGCAGGCCGUGGGUGAUGCCGAGGGUCCACAGUUUGUCGACAACUUCGACAUGAAAGCCGCCAUCGUCAAGUAUCAGCACCUUAUAACAGAACUGCCGCCACUCAACCGCCAACUACUGCUCUACAUCCUAGAUCUCCUGGCCGUUUUCGCCGCCAAAUCGGACGAGAACCGAAUGAACUCGCAGAAUCUUGCUGCCAUCUUCCAGCCCGGUAUGCUUUCGCACCCGACGCAUGCUAUGGCACCUGAAGAGUACAGACUCAACCAGUGUGUCAUCAUCUUCUUGAUCGAGAAUCAAGACCACUUCCUCAUCGGCAUGCAAGGAACUGCAGCCGAUGAGCAGACAGUACAAGCUGUGCAACAGGGUACGCCGCCUGCGAACGCGCCAGCGACCCCAGUUGUUGCUCGCACAUCUGGGAUCGUCCGAUCGUCCUCGAGUGCCAGCGCUGGCGCAGAGAGCGUGGCCCGAGAGGGCAAGAUUCGGCGGAAUCGCUCGACUUCCUCGCGACACUCGAGGCAGUCGAACGGUGCGCCGAGCCCCGGCAGCCCAGCCCUGACCGCAACGCCCUCGAGCGGUCUCGGCCGAAGUAAUACAGUACCUUCCAAGAAGUCACCGGCUAUUGGCUCCGGUCGUUUCCAGCGGCGGCACGAUCAGACGUCCAGCCCCGUCGCACCCCUGACUCCUAUCGCUCAGUCACAUAUGCCCGCAACCCCGACUGUCCAAGAGGUUACCACUCCGCCAGAGACGCAGCCCGACCCCCAGCAAGUCUUUUCCCCGGCCGCAGCUGAUGCUUCGAGCCGCCUGGCCGCCCAGGCUGGCUUACCCGCCAAGGUACCAGAGAAGCAGUUCUUGGAGCCCACCCCGGAGGUUGCCACGCCAUCCAAGGAGCGCAAGCUCCAGAACCUCUUUCAGAGGUCACCGGGCAACGAUGGCGAUUCGCGACAGCCCAACAAACUGAGGAAGAAGAGGCUACCAGGAAGCGCCAACCCAAGCGCGCAGAGCUCGACGGCCUCUCUGCCCCGCUCUACCGGGCCUUCGCCCAGCGCCGAGAUUCGUGACCCGAUGGAUUCUUUGGACGCUGCUAGCUCUUCCGUGCAACAUCAACCUUACCCGGAGAUGAAAUCUGCAAGUGAAACGCCCUCCGAGCCGACGCCACGCGCCUCGCAAAUCCCGGCAACCAGCACACCUCCGGCCCCUACCGAGGCAGCCCACGAACCACCGGCUCACGAGCAUGCUGCUUCGUCUGGAAGUCUCCAUCCCGCGAGUGCUGAGCAGUUGUUGCGGUCCAAGCGGUCGCCUCCCACUUCUCUCCACAGUUCGUUUAAUGAAGGUUCUGACAUGGAUCAAGUGGAUGAGACCUUGGCCCCGUCGGAGCGUUCGGAACCGGAGAAGGAGAAACGAAGGCUCUGGAGGCUGUCACGAAGGAAGGAAGACACCACGCACCCGUCGGUCACGUCACAACCGCAGUCGUCGCAGCAGGCUCUCGGCGCAAACACCCACGCUGAGAUCAGCACCAGCUCCGUCGGCAGCACGGGUUACAAAGCCCGGAGCUUCACAGGAGAGUCGUCAGACCCCGCCACGCUGAUGACGGCCGAGGGCCAAUCAUCGCAGGAUUCGACCAAGGACGGCCGAGAGGACUCUCGAGGUCUCACCGGAUGGAUCAAGAACAAAUACAGAGAGGCCAAGGACCACUCACGGACCAAGUCGCCACCCGCAGACCGGCCUUCUCUGGGCAGCAACAUCUUGCCCUCUCGUGGCAAGAGUUUUGAUCUCACGCGAAAGGCCGAAGAAGAAAAGGCCGAGGCACAACCCGAGGCGCCUUCUGCCCCGGCGCCGCCACCGCCGCAGUAA